UUAGUGGAAAAUGAAAGCACGCCGUGAAUGAGCUGCCGUGGGACGAACCUGUCGCCCUCAGAGCGUCUCACAGGCGCAGGCACGAGCAGGAGUCCUAGACGGCGGCGCAGAGGCUGGAGGCUGGAGAUGGAGACGCUAAAAAGAGUAUUUUCUCGUAGGACUUUAAGGAGGGGGUCGAGCAUUCUGUCCACGUCAGACAACGUGCAGGAUGAAGCCCUCCCCCUACAACUGAACCACAUGCCCGAGAAAGAGCCAGCGCAGAAGGAGCAGGAGGAGCAGGAGGAGCAGGAGACGGUGCCGUGUAGGAACCUCUCUGAGCUCCUUCAGAUGCGUCCUGGUUCAGACGUCAACACAUCGGUGGAUGGAGUCCCUUGCCUUGAGUGCACUGACUCAAACUCAGAGCAACAAAAUCAAAAUCAAGGCGGCAAUUGCCUCGUUCAGUUAUAUGUAUCCCAGCAGUUCCCAGAACCACCAGAGAACCAGAACCUUCAUCAGCACCUGCAGAACAUCCAGACCACUGUGCUCAACGAGCUCACGGGGCUGAGUCCUGUGUUGGAUGAGCGUCUGAUGGGUCAUCUGAUCAACUGCUACCAUAGACAGACAUUUAACCAAAUGCAUCGUCUGCUCCAGAACAUCAGCUCCACCCAGAACCACUUUGUGCUGAUGAUGUGGGUCCUGAAAACCUACCUGAGUCAGGAGCUGCUCGGACACCCUGACCUUCAAAAAGUAGAUCCCAUCAAAAACAUAGACCUGCUGCUGUUUACAGAGUGGGAAGCGAAGGCCAGAGACAAACUGCUUCAGAGCGUGCAUGAAGAAGUCAGCGACUCCCUGGAGAACAUCCUGCUCAAUGAGAAAACCCAUGAACAAUGCAACAGUGAGGAGGAUUAUGUCAGAGUCUUCGUGGACACAAUUCAGUGCAUCAAAGCUGUGCACAAAGCAGCACAACAAAUCAGCUCAAAGCUGUCUGAUGAUGUUCAGAACGUUUGUUUUCAGCAGCUGCUGGUUUUUGUAAAGAGGUACUCAGACGAGCAGACUGAGGGUCUUGGAAAGAAAGCAGCGAUGCCAGAACCAGAAACAAUUCAAUUCUUAAAGACUCUGAAAACCUGUAAAGAACUCAAACUGCACGUUCAAGUUGAAGCUGCUGGAGCUUCGUAUUCAGGGAAAAUUGUUGAAACACUGGACAAGCUGGAGGUUUUCACUCUGAACCUGCUCCUGGACAUCGUUGAUAAAAUGGCAGAGGCUAACCUCAGCACGUACUUCAAAUCAGACAGCAAGUGUUUCUCCUUGCUUCCUGCAGUACAGAAACGGUUUCCAAAGCAGUGCUAUGGUGCAGAUGAACAGAAGCUUCUAUAUUUUCAGAGGGUUUUGAACAAGGCCUACAAGCUCAUAGUUCAGAUUUAUGUCAAACAUCUGAUCAAGACCAACAAGCGUCAACUGGAGAGUUGUUGGAAUCCUGACGUCAGCAAAACCAUCGGUGAAGAUGCUCAUGGAAUUCACAGCAUCAUGUCAGAGCUGGCCCCCGACGUUCCACAGCAGAACCAACUACUGCUGAAGGUCAAGGAGCUGUUGGACUGCGAGUGCAACGAGGCGCUGAAGCUCACAGCUGCGACCAUACAGAAAGACUUUGGCAAGGACCCAGAGCUCCUGCCUGCCCUGCUCAAGUGGAAAGGCCUUCCUAAAGGGCAGGUGAGGGAGGUGCUGGAGACCAUUCAACACGACUACCACCACCAGUCUGGGUGCUCGCCUAUUAAAUGCUGGUAAAGACAGUAGGAGGGAAUGCUUGAAAAGUGGACAAAUGGGGCCUUUACUGUGAAGCACUUAGAACCUGUGUUUGUACUAAAACUGUUAUAACUUGAGAGAAUUUUUUAAAAGGUCAUAUUGCAAAAUGGCUCCAGUCAUUUUAUUUUUCUGUAUUGUACCUCUCCUUUAGUUUCUCCAUUUUGAGUUGUGGUGCUAUUAUAACUUUUUUUCUAGUAUAAAAACAUGAUCUGCUUGUAUUUACUGUAAUGGACUUUGCUGUGUUACAUUCUGUAUUUCUCUGUAGUGUUACUUCGUUUUCAUAAAUAAAUGUUUCUGUUCCAUCA